AUGGACCCAUUCGGAAAAGGUAGCCUCUUCCACUAAGUAUCUCUCACUCAUUUUGUCUCUUGCUCUCUACAAAGACUACAGAGCCUAGCCCUAACUACCAAUCUAUCUCUGUAUGAAAAUUGUCCAUUGUAUGUCUAAAGUGCCUUUGGUAGGCAUACUUUCUGUCACAUAUUUCUGCCUUGGGGCAUCUAUGCCACAGUAAUGCUCAAAAUCACUUUGUGUAUUAUUGUCUCUCCAUUCUCCCUCAGAGGCUGCACUGAUAUCAUCUGCUGUGUUCUCUUCAUGGUCGUGAUCCUUGGCUACAUGGUGGUGGGGAUUUUGGGUAAGAUGGGCCCUCUAUGCACCUCCCACCUCUCUCAGACCCUCUCUCUCUUUCUCUCACACACACUCAUACACACAUACUUAUUCUGUAUGAUAAUUAUUUUCUUUCUUUCUUUCUUUCUCUCUCUCUCUCUCGCCAUUACAUGACAUCUGAUUCCUGGCGUUAUCUCUCUCUGGCUGUCAACCUCUCUUUAUCACUCUUAUGUCCCUUUUGAAACUCUCUCCAUAAUGCCCUAUGUAAAUGUAGUAUUAGCAGGCUGAACGCACAGUCCGGCCAUACUCGCUAAACAAAACAACAGUGACAUAAUAAUAAAUAAUAAUAAUAUGCCAUUUAGCAGACGCUUUUAUCCAAAGCGACUUACAGUCAUGCGUGCAUACAUUUUUGUGUAUGGGUGGUCCCGGGGAUCGAACCCACUACCUCCCGGGGAUCGAACCCACUACCUUGGCGUUACAAGCGCCGUGCUCUACCAGCUGAGCUACAGAGGACCACCACCUUGGUCCCUUACUCAAUUCCAACAGCUCGUCAAAACGCAAAUCACAAGUGAGAACAUCAACUCCAUUAUUGAGAGUGCACUGAAAACAUAAGCUUGUCAUUGAUUCUAUGAUUUCCUGACUUUUCCCCUCUUCAAAGUCUAUACCCUCACCCUUAUCUAGUAUUAUAAGGUAUCUCUAUGGCCUUGAUAUUCUCCUCCUUUUUCUGUCUUUCGGUCGAAAGGCCUCCCUCUCCCCUGACUCCCACCCAUAGUGGUUCCAAAGACCCGUUCCAAAGCAGAGCUCACCCUCACCCACGACAUCCAUGACCUGUCAUCAAACACAUUCCAGUAGCCACACACUCUGCCUUAUCUAGAAUCAAUAGAGAGGCCUGAUAGGAAAGGAGGUCAUAUGAAUAUAUGGCCAAUAUAAAUAGCUUAGUAUGUGAUUAAUGUGAUAGGAUAUUGUGCAUUGACCGGAUAUACAGUUGGCCUUUUAUUGAAAAGAGGUGGGUGGGGGUUUAGUAUAUAAAACGACCAAAGCCAAGUAGUUGAUGUAAAUGAGGUUUGAAUGUUCAUUUGGUUGCCUUUAUGACACAUUUAUGAGUAAUUGGCUCAUGUGUUCUUUGACUGUGGUAAAUGUAUUGGUGUCCCCACCUCUCUAUUAGAUGUUGAUGUGUUUUUUGUUUUUAUAUUUCUACCAGCCUGGCUUUAUGGUGAUCCCCGGCACGUCCUCUACCCACGGAACUCUACCGGAAUGUUCUGUGGCAUCGGUCUCAAUGAGUAAGGACCUCUCUGGUGUUUGAUGUGUUUGAACUUGAAAUCCUUUAUGAACCAUCAAGUAUUAUUUUAUUCAGAAGUUCAAAACACUUGAGGUUAUGUAAUGUGAAUUUACUAAUCAUGCAUUUUUGCCAUAAAUGCAACAGAUAAAAGCAGAAUAUUUGGCCAAUCAAGUCAGACAUUUAAUCUGGGUUAAUAAUUCAAUUUUGGCAUGCCUCACUACAUACUGAACUGUCAUAUUAUAUAUUUCAUUCAGAAUGCAUAGUUUGCAUUGUACUCACAGACUCCUUCCUCACUGGUAACUUUUCCUUUCGCAGAGCUAAACCCAGUGUGUUCUACUUUGACAUACUGAAAUGUGCCACAUCACUCAACAUCAUGGCCGCCGUCCUUAAUGGGUUACAGUGCCCCACCACACAGGUACAGUAACAUCACACUAUAAUAUCCUAGUUUCUCUAAAGGCUGAUGUCAGGUGUAAUAAGGAACUCUGUGCACAUCUCCAAUUUCCCAUUGUGUGUUUAUACACUAGUAAGUACCUGGGUCAAAUGGUAUGUAUAUGUAAUGUCUUCACCAAGCAGCUGGGCACAUCAUACAAGUGGUCUUCUAUUUCAUUUUCAUUUGUGUGAGGUCUUUCUUUCCUGGUCUCUACGUCCCAAAAUGUCAUGUGUAUCUGCAUAUCUGGGACAGGCAUCACGUUUACGUCACAAAGUGAAGAAAUCUUCUUUCCUCACCCUGCAGGUGUGUGUGGAAAAGUGCCCAGAUGUGUUCUGGGCUCUGAAUCCUGUUGCCUACUCAACGGAUGCGAACCCACAAGAAUACUUCAACCAAUCACUCUGCGUGCCAUCCUUUGACCUAGCAACAACUACACUGGUAAGUCCCAUCCUAUUCUUACGGAGGUUUGUAAAUUCACAUCUUUAGAUAGGCUUUCAUUGAUCAUUGUUUUUCACUGACUUCCUCAAAGCCUUUGGACUAUCUUUUGGAAAUAGAUUUAACAGGAGGGUUUUCCUAGUUGUUUUUUACUCAGUGUAGCUAAAUAUGCUAGGUUAUCCUUUUUUUUCUUUGCCUCUCAGAAAGUAAAAGAAAUUGUGGAUCAAGAGCUGUGCCCGUUCUUCUACACUCCUACAAUCUCUGGUGAGUGUGCCUUUCUUUUUUAAUAUUUACUUUCAUCAUUACAGAUCUAGAUGCUUUUAAGUCGUUAAAUGUAAACAUUUCAAAUGUUUUCCUCUGUCUAGUGCUGGGAAGAUGCAUACCUGAUGUUGGCGCACUGAAAAAUAUUCCUAAUGACUUUGCCAAUACGCCAGGCUUGCCAUCAAGCAUCAAUGAUACAGUCAAUGGCAUCAGGAACGCCACAGGGUAGGGGGUGUUACAAACACACACACACACACACACACACACACACACACACUGUAAAUACCCAUUAAUAACCCAUCAUCUCUCUCUCACUGCCAGUGAAAGGUCCCUGAUUGAGUGAGUUAUAUUGAUCUCACAUCAAUAUAGUAGACUAGUUCCUGUGUGUAGACAUAGACCUGUGUUAGCAUGUUUGUGAGUCGGUGUCUUGCUUUAUGAUAGUGGUAGCCCUUAGCCAUACCCUCGUAGUCAUUUAGCUCCAGUAGUACCCUUGCACAUGGCUAGAACAUUGCUUUUAGUACUAGCUUUUAGUACAGAAUCAACCCACAUAAAGCCUUGGGUUGAUUCUGAGGAUAAUAUGAACACUGAGUCUGACCAUGAUGUCCAGACCUGAGUGGUUAUUUUAAAAUGUGAUAAACUAAAAAUAAGACUAAAUAUAAGUAGGCUAUUAGACUUGUAAAACACAUGAGCAGGUGUAAUAGUGGGUGCUUGUUAGUAUUUGAUACAGAAACAACCCAAGGAACUGUCAGUGGGCUGUAGUUGUACAACCUCCCAAAUUACCCCUCAAUGUGCUGUAGUAAUCAAUACACUGACUGGUACUGAAUACCAGCAGUCAAAGAAAGCUUUUAAUGUUACCCUCUCUUUGUAUUGAGCUCUAUAAAUGCCAUCAAUGCAUGAAUGUACUAUUACGAAGAAACCUCUUCAUACUUAUUUCUUUGUUCCUCUCAUCUCCUCCUGUACUUAUAAAUCUUCUCUGCUUUUAUCUUUAUUUAUCGUGUAAUACUCUGCAUCAUGCUGUUUUGUGUCAGAGACAUUGUCAGUAAUUACUAGCAUUAACAUGUAUUUUCCCUGUCUUGUAGUGACAUAGUAAAUGGCUUCAAUGCCAAGGAGGUCGGAGUGAGAAUCUUUGAGGACUUUGCAUCAUCAUGGCAGUGGAUCAUCGCGUGAGUCUCUCUCUUGGGCUCAUUUUCAACUCCCAUCAAACUACACCCUACUGCCAGUUACUUGUCAAUUCACCAUUUCCAUUGUGCUGUACUAACCGUAAAAGUUUGCAUUGUCGCUCAUCUUCUCGGCCAAUCUUUCACUUUACACAAAUUCAACUCAUUAAAUAUUAGACUGCUUCAAAAGAAGCUAACAUUUAUUAGAGAUGGCAUGCUUACCAAUGAUACCAAUGACCUGAAAUGUAUCUCCUUUCUCUUCAUUGUUCUUAUUUUUGUUCUCGCCUACCUCCUUUUACCCUCUCUCCGCUCUUCCAAUCCUCUCUCUUACUCUGCUGUGUACAUCUCUCCUCUCCUUCCUCAGUGCUCUAGUCAUAGCCAUGGUGGUCAGUUUUCUGUUCCUCCUUCUGUUGCGGUUCAUCGCCCCUGUUAUGGUCUGGGUCCUUAUAUUUGGAGUGUUGGCAGUAGGUGCCUAUGGUAAGUCAUUGAUAAUAUCAGUGUGGUAAUAAUAUGUCUACUAACAUGUUUGUAGUGUACUCUCUCUAGUAGGUCUAUAUGUAGGUCACAGUGGUUUAAGAACAUGGACUUUUCAGGGUGGUUAAAGCAUCUUAUUUCUCUCUCUGUCUGUCUGUCUGUCUGUAGGUAUAUAUCACUGCUGGUGGGAAUACGACAACUACAGCAAGUCGACCGUCUCCAUCACUGACAUAGGCUUCACCACCGACUUCAAGGUCUACCUUCAGGUCAAGGAGACCUGGCUGGCCUUCUGUGAGUCUGAUAUUACACGUGUUCUUUUUAUGUCUCUAUUUUCCUCUGUACACAGACUGACAGACAUGCCUUUCUGUUGACAACAUUGUACCGUUGUGUUGACCUAUCUACUUACUCCCUCUCUCUCUCUUAUUAUUUCUCUCUCUCUCAGUGAUAAUCCUGUCUGUGGUAGAGGGCAUUCUUCUCCUGACCUUGAUCUUUCUGCGGACCAGAAUCCUCAUCGCCAUCGCUCUCAUUCAGGAGUCCAGCAAGUGAGUCAAGUUAGAUAUAUGAGCCAGGAUUACACGUACUGGCCCUGUGACAAAUAUUCGACCAAUAUUGCGUUACAACCUAACUUUUCAGCACACGUACUGUAACUGUAAUGUUUCACAGGGCUGUCAGUCACAUGAUGUCUACGCUGUUCUACCCUCUCGUCACCUUUGUUCUCCUGGUGGUGUGUGUGACCUACUGGGGCAUCACUGCUCUGUAUCCUCUCACAGUCGUGUAAACAUUUUGGGGUAUUUUACAAUGCCUAUUAUAAUUUUAUGACAAAUAAUCAUAAGGUCUGUUUUGUAUCUGUGUUCCACUGAGCACUGUCUACAAACUCCACGGUAUCGUUAACCCACUUAACAGAAGAUGUUUAGGUAUCUGGCCACUUCAGGCAUUCCAGUGUACAAAGUCGUGGCUCUCAACUCUACUCAGGAUAACUGUGGCCAAAUCAGCGGCAAUGUGACCUGUGACCCACAGGUAAGUGUCCCUGACUAACUUUGACCCUAUAGAGAUAGAUGCAGAAAAGCCCAACUCAGAAAUCAGAAACGCACACAAAAUGUGUAUACUUGCUUCAGCCGUCUACGUAUUUAAAAAAAAUAUCUGUUUGACCCCUUUCCGUCUCUCCAUUCAUAUCUCAUCCCUUCCUCUUUCAUCUCUCCCACCUCCUGUCUUUCCCUCAGACAUUCUACAACUCUACAGACUACUCAUGGUGCCCGUCGGCGCGCUGCAUCUUCAUAAAGUACAACAACGAGGGCCUGCUGCAGAGAAACCUGUUCAACCUGCAGAUCUACAACGUGGUGGCCUUCCUGUGGUGCAUCAACUUUGUCAUCGCCCUCGGCCAGUGCACCCUGGCCGGGGCCUUCGCCUCCUACUACUGGGCCUUCAGCAAGCCCUCGGACAUCCCCACCUUCCCCCUGUCCCAGGCCUUCAUCCGCACGCUACGGUAAGGGAGUAGACACAUGUAUCAGCAGUAGGGCUGUGGUGGUGCCUUUCCUUGCCUGAGGGUCCACAGACCAUAUACAGUUGAAGUCGGAAGUCAUUAAAAUUCGUUUUUCAACCACUACACAAAUUUCUUGUUAACAAACUAGAGUUUUGGCAAGUCGGUUAGGACAUCUACUUUGUGCAUGACACAAGUCAUUUUUCAAACAAUUGUUUACAGACAGAUUAUUUCACUGUAUCACAAUUCCAGUGGGUCAGAAGUUCACAUACACUAAGUUGACUGUGCCUUUAAACAGCUUGGAAAAUUCCAGAAAAUGAUGUCAUGGCUUUAGAAGCUUCUGAUAGGCUAAUUGACAUAAUUUGAGUCAAUUGAAGGUGUACCUGUGGAUGUAUUUCAAGGCCUACCUUCAAACUCAGUGCCUCUUUGCUUGACAUCAUGGAAAAUUCAAAAGAAAUCAGCCAAGACCUCAGAAAAACAAUUGUAGACCUCCACAAGUCUGGUUCAUCCUUGGGAGCAAUUUCCAAACGCCUGAAGGUACCGCGCUCAUCUGUACAAACAAUAGUACGCAAGUAUAACCACCAUGGGACCACGCAGCCGUCAUACCGCUCAGGAAGGAGACGCGUUCUGUCUCCUAGAGAUUAACGUACUUUGGUGUGGAAAGUGCAAAUCAAUCCCAGAACAACAGCAAAGGACCUUGUGAAGAUGCUGGAGGAAACAGGUACAAAAGUAUCUAUAUCCACAGUAAAACGAGUCCUAUAUCGACAUAACCUGAAAGGCUGCUCAGCAAGGAAGAAGCCACUGCUCCAAAACCGCCAUAAAAAAGCCAGUCUACGGUUUGCAACUGCACAUGGGCACAAAGAUCGUACUUUUUGGAGAAAUGUCCUCUGGUCUGAUGAAACAAAAAUAUAACUGUUUGGCCAUAAUGACCUUUGUUAUAUUUGGAGGAAAAAGGGGGUGCUUGCAAGCCGAAGAACACCAUCCCAACCGUGAAGCACAGGGGUGGCAGCAUCAUGCUAUGGGGGUGCUUUGCUACAGGAGGGACUGGUGCACUUCACAAAAUAGAUGGCAUCAUGAGGAAGGGAAAUUAUGUGGAUAUAUUGAAGCAACAUCUCAAGACAUCAGUCAGGAAGUUAAAGCUUGGUCGCAAAUGGGUCUUCCAAAUGGACAAUGGCCCCAAGAGUACUUCCAAAGUUGUGGCAAAAUGGCUUAAGGACAACAAAGUCAAGGUAUUGGAGUGGCCAUCACAAAGACCUGACCUCAAUCCUAUAGAAAAUGUGUGGGCAGAACAGAAAAAGCGUGUGCGAGCAAGGAGGCCUACAAACCUGACUCAGUUACACCAGCUCUGUCAGGAGGAAUGGGCCAAAAUUUACCCAACUUAUUGUGGGAAGCUUGUGGAAGGCUACCCGAAACGUUUGACCCAAGUUAAACAAUUUUUAAAGGCAAUGCUACCAAAUACUAAUUGAGUGUAUGUAAACUUCUGACCCACUGGGAAUGUGAUGAAAUAAAUAAAUAAUUCUCUCUACUAUUAUUCUGACAUUUCACAUUCUUAAAAUAAAGUGGUGAUCCUAACUGACCUAAGACAGGGAAUUUUUACUAGGAUUAAAUGUCAGGAAUUGUGAAAAACGGAGUUUAAAUGUAUUUGGCUAAGGUGUAUGUAAACUUCCGACUUCAACUGUACUUGUACAGUUACAUUUUGAGCCAGAAUCCAAUUUGUAUUUUGUUAGCUAUCCAUUCAACUAACUCCCUCUCUCCCCCUAUGUCUAUGUUUCUUCUCUUAGAUACCACGUUGGCUCCCUGGCGUUUGGUGCUCUGAUCCUCACCCUCAUCCAGAUAGUUCGGAUCAUCCUGGAGUACCUGGACCACAAGACCAGAGGUAAGGCUGGAGGCCGCCUUUUAUUUUCCCUUGGAAACCGGUUAUUGUUAUCCGAUUAACCCCUUAGAGUCGAUGUCCGCGCCCCUGCGGAAAUCUAAUUGGCAUAAUUUAAAAAAUCCCCAUCAAUGUGUCUGUUUAAGCUAGAGAUAUAUCUGUUUUAUAAAAUAAUUGAAAUUAUCUCUCAGAUAUAGGACAGACACUUUAAAACAAACUUCCUUUUGAUACAAAAAUUGACUGUUUUUCCAUGUAUGAAUCUAAUAGCAAAUUCAAUGUUUCAUCAAAUAUUACAUAUAUUUAUACCUAAAGGGGUCCUAAAAUUCCAAAUCAAAUAGCUAAAUGAUCCUUGGUAUGACAAGUAAUGUAAGGAUAAUGGAGCUCCACAGCUUGUAGUCCUAAAACCCGGAAAUUAGUUACCUCUGGUUUGUUCAGCCAUUCUUAUGGGAAACAUGAAUGGGGAAAGAAUAGGGUUUUUGAAUAAACACUGAAAAAAGGUCUGAGGUUAACAUAGGCUUAGGAGAUCUUAUAGAAAAAAGUAUGAGAUAAUAGAAGCCUUUAUGUGGGUUUUUUUAUUUACAUUUACAUUUCAGUCAUUUAGCAGACGCUCUUAUCCAGAGCGACUUACAGUUAGUGAGUGCAUACAUUAUUUGUUUAUACUGGCCCCCUGUGGGAAUCGAACCCACAACCCUGGCGUUGCAAACGCCAUGCUCUACCAACUGAGCUACAUCCCUGCUGGCCAUUCCCUCCCCUACCCUGGACGACUUGUGCGCCGCCCCAUGGGUCUCCCGGUCGCGGCCGGCUACGACAGAGCCUGGAUUUGAACCAGGAUCUCUAGUGGCACAGCUGCACUGUAAUGCAGCUAGCACUGUAAUGCAGUGCCUUAGACCACUGCGCCACUCGGGAGACAUAACAUAAAUUAUUCUAAAUUCACAAAAAGUGACGUUAGCUGAUGCCGAUUAUCACAUAGAACAAAACUUAUGAGAUCUCCUAAGCCUGUGUAUACCACAGACCUUUUUUUUGGCGUUUAUCCAAAAACCCUACAAAAAACGGAAUUCAUUUCCCCAUAGGCUUUUCCAACGAACCAUGGCGGAGUUAGUGCCUACAAAAAGACGCCGUUACUAUUUCUCUCUGUCUCUUUCUCUCUAGCGGCUCAAAACCCCUGUGCUCGGUUCCUCAUGUGCUGUCUGAAGUGUUGCUUCUGGUGUUUGGAGAAGUUCAUCAAGUUCCUCAAUAGAAACGCCUACAUCAUGGUCAGUCUCCACUACAUCAUCACAUGUACCUGUUAACUACAACUACCUGUCUGUCAAUCUCUCUCCCUCAGUUCCCCCAGUGUAGAGUAUUUCUGGUAGGCUAAGGCUAUGUAUCUAAUACACAUUCCUCUUUUUCCCACAGAUUGCCGUAUAUGGAAAAAACUUCUGUGUCUCCGCGAAAAACGCAUUCAUGCUUCUAAUGAGGAACAUUGUCAGGUGUGUGUUCUAGUAAUGGUUGGUAUGCCGGUGGGAAUGUGUAGACUUGUUUUUUCCCUCUUACAUAAGAACAUUUGCAUGGAUUUGAUUGACUGCUGUGAAACCAUAGCUGAGUGCUGGUGACGUGUUUCCCUGACGCACUGACUAUGCCUCUCUCCUCAGGGUGGUGGUGCUAGAUAAAGUGACAGACCUGCUGCUGUUCUUUGGGAAGCUGCUAGUGGUGGGAGGAGUAGGUAAGAGGACAUAAAUGGCAACAUAAUUAUUAUGGCGUUAUCAUUGGUCGUAGUUCUGAAUAGGAGCUCCUUUGGUGCAUUUUACAGACCAGAAGUGUGAUUGGAUAACCUGUCUAAAUUAAUCAAAUCUUGAACCAAUCCUCCUCUUCUCUUCUCAGGUGUCCUGGCUUUCUUUUUCUUCUCUGGCAGAAUAAGAGUACCAGGCAGCAAUUUCCGUACUGAAAUGCUCAAUUAUUACUGGAUGCCCAUUAUUGUAAGUGACAGUAAUACAGUGCAUUCGAAAGUAUUCAGAUCCCUUCACUUUUUCCACAUUUUGUUACGAACCAGCCUUAUUCUAAAAUGGGUUCAAUUAAAAGUGUUCCUCAUCAAUCUACACACAAUACCCCAUAAUGACAAACAGGUUUUUAUAAAUUCUUGCAAAUUUACUAAAAAUAAAAAACAGAAAUACCUUAUUUACAUAAGUAUUCAGACCCUUUGCUAUGAGACUCGAAAUUGAGCUCAGGUGCAUCCUGUUUCCAUUGAUCAUCCUUGAGAUGUUUCUACAACUUGAUUGGAGUCCAUCUGUGGUAAAUUCAAUUGAUUGGACAUGAUUUGGAAAGGCACACGCCUGUCUAUAUAAGGUCCCACAGUUGACAGUGCAUGUCAGAGCAAAAACCAAGCCAUGAGGUCAAAGUAAUUGUCUGUAGAGCUCCGAGACAGGAUUGUGUCAAGGCACAGAUCUGGGGAAGGGUACCAAAAAAUGUCUGCAGCAUUGAAGGUACCCAAGAACACAGUGGCCUCCAUCAUUCUUAAAUGGAAGAAGUUUGGAACCACCAAGACUCUUCCUAGAGCUGGCCGCCCGGCCAAACUGAGCAAUCGGGGAAGAAGGGCCUUGGUCAGGGAUGUGACCAAGAACCCGAUGGUCACUCUGACAGAGCUCUAGAGUUUAUCUGUGGAGAUGGGAGAACCUUCCAAAAGGACAACCAUCUCUGCAGUACUCCACCAAUCAGACCUUUAUGGUAGAGUGGCCAGACGGAAGCCACUCCUCAGUAAAAGGCACAUGACAGCCCACUUGGACUUUGCCAAAAGGCACCUAAAUACUCUCAGACCAUGAGAAACAAGAUUCUCUGGUCUGACGAAACAAAGAUUGAACUUGGCCUGAAUGCCAAGCUUCAUGUCUGGAGGAAACCUGGCACCAUCCCUACGUUGAAGCAUGGUGGUGGCAGCAUCAUGCUGUGGGGAUGUUUUUCAGUGGCAGGGACUGGGAGACUAGUCAGGAUCAAGGGAAAGAUGAACGGAGCAAAGUACAGAGAGAUCCUUGAUGAAAACCUGAUCUAGAGCACUCAGGACCUUAGACUGGGGCGAAGGUUCACCUUCCAAUAGGACAACGACCCUAAGCACACAGCCAAGAGAAUGCAGGAGUGGUUUCGGGACAAGUCUCUGAAUUUCCUUGAGUGGCCCAGCCAGAGCCCGGACUUGAACCCGAUCUAACAUCUCUGGAGAGACCUGAAAAUAGCUGUGCAGCGACACUCCCCAUCCAACCUGACAGAGCUUGAGAGGAUCUGCAGAGAAGAAUGGGAGAAACUCCCCAAAUACAGGUGUGCAAAGCUUGUAGCGUGAUACCCAAGAAGACUUGAGGCUGUAAUCGCUGCCAAAGGUGCUUCAACAAAGUUCUGAGUAAAGGGUAUGAAUACUUAUGUAAAUGAGAUAUUUCCGUUUUUGCUUAGUCAUUAUGGGGUAUUGUGUGUAGAUUGAUGAGGGGAGAAAAAAAACGAUUUAAUCAAUUUUAGAAUAAGGCUGUAAUGUAACAAAAUGUGGAAAAAGUAAAGGGGUCUGAAUACUUUCCGAAGGCACUCCAUAGUGGAAGUGAACGAGAAGCAGUUAACAAUCAAUUAAAUGUGUGUUAGAGAAAGUAAUUGACAGUGGUGUGUAUGUCUUUGUGGUAACAGGUGGUUGUCGUGGGAGCGUACCUCAUUGCUCAUGGAUUCUUCAGUGUGUACAACAUGUGUGUGGACACACUCUUCCUCUGCUUCUGUGAGUAGAGCACCUCCAGCAACACAUCACUGUAUCAUAUACUGAGCAGUCACACAUUACAUUGCUACAUUUCUUGCUUCAUUGCACAAAAAAACCUUUCAACAUGCCUGUCUAUUGAUUUUCUCUCUUCUUUCUUGCUCCCUUUCUCACAGUGGAGGACUUGGAGCGACAUGACGGAACGAUGCAGAAGCCAUACUACAUGUCCAAGAACCUGAUGAAAAUCCUCAAUAAAAAGAACAAGGGACCUAAAAAGGGCAAAUGAAAGGAUUGAUGAAAUAGUGCCUUGAGAUUAAUCACUGUAUAGCACAGUCACUUUCAACAACCAAGAAAUAUCCUAGAAACAUCACAUCCUAGAAAUAUAAUUUUUGUUUUUUAAAUAUUUCAGCCUUAUAACACCUUCAGUUUACACAAAGUUGAUCACUUUUCUGCACUUUCAAUUUGAGAUUACGUGUGUGUCCACACGAGUGUGAUAGAUAUGAGAGAUAUUUUCUUACAUUCCAGCUAUUCCUUCUAACAAUUUGAAGUGACCAAAGCUAGAGCUGUUUAUUAGUCUCUGACCAAAACCAAAUGUUUAUUCUCUUGCAGUGCUUAUUCUUUUUCAGAAAAGAGACCGUUUUCUCAAGUCAACUAAUUAUUUAUCAGAUAGAACAAAAACCUUUGAGACAGAGAUAAUCGCCAUAACUGUUUUAAAUACUUUUUUAUGAUCCUCAGUACUCUGUAUAUGAUUUCAGUUUAAGGUCUCAGUUUUUUAUUUGUUAAAGUAACACUAACAAUUUUAUUAUGAUUCAAUUUUUUUGAUUGAAUAUAAUAUUGUAGAUAUUUAUUAAUCAUUUUGACAAUUUAUUAAAGAUUUUUAUAACGGUAUUACAAUUUUUUGAUCCAUGCUGACAUCACAUGUAUAUUGCCUUGCGUAAUGAUGGAUUCCUCUAUAGGAAAAUAGCUCUGGUUUAAUUCACACAUCUGCUUGAAGCAGUGGUGCAUGUGAUCUUCUGAAAUGCUCUGUUGAGAAUCAUGACACUUGCAGGCUGCAGGCGCUUGUACAUGGGUACUGAAGACAAAGCUCUCUUUAGCAGAACUUAUCGCAAGUCAGAGGUAUGAGGUGUCUGGACUGGGCCCAUAUGUCUAUUCUUAUUAAGUACUGGACCCUGAAACAAAUCAAAUUCUGUCUAGAGUGAGCGUGUCCAUCCAUUUGGCUGCACUAAACACAACAAAUUUCAGUUGUCAAGGAUCAAUGUUAAUUUACCUCACAUACUACUACACAAUAUCUCAUGUCAAAAUCUCACUACAUUCCUCAACCUCUUGUCUCCUGAGACCCAGAGAGAAAAUGCACGUGGGAGUCUGCAGUCAUGUAUUGUAUCAUGUGAUCUACUUCAGGAGAGACUCAUCACGUGAUCGGUCAAUGUUCCAGUACAUGAGAGCGUGUGCCUUUACUGUUAAACCAUUUGUAAUAAUUAGGCCCUGUGUUUUGGUUGAUCAUGUCACAUGACCUGGAUUUU